AUGCAAUGUCAUAUUUUCUUGCGUAUUCAAGCCAAAGUCGAAGUAUAUGAACCAUAUUUCGUCCAAAGAAGAGAUGUUGCUAAAAGACUGGGUCAUUCCUCGCUUCAAAAAAUAACUGCUGCAAUGAGAAUAUUAGCUUAUGGAGUCUCGGGAGAUUUUGUAGAUGAAUACUUGCGGAUUGCAGAAAAUAUAGCAACCGAGUGUUUGAAAAAAUUCGUUAAGGCUAUCAUUAGCAUAUUCUCCCAUGAAUACUUAAGAUCCCCAAAUGAGAACGAUAUAGCUAGAUUGUGCACAGUUGGAGAUAGUCGUGGGUUUCCUGGGAUGUUAGGAAGUAUUGAUUGCAUGCAUUGGAAAUGGAAAAUUUGUCCAAGUGCUUGGAAAGGAAUGUAUUGUGGUCAUAUUCACGAGCCAACUAUAAUUUUAGAAGUUGUAGCGUCAUAUGACCUCUGGAUAUGGCAUGCAUUUUUUGGAUUGCCAGGCUCCCAUAAUGAUAUUAAUGUCCUAGAACACUCUUCUAUUUUUAGAGAGCUUGCUGAAGGACAUGCUCCAAAGGUCAACUACUCAAUAAAUGGAAAUGACUAUUCGAUGGGCUACUAUCUUGCCGAUGGUAUAUAUCCUUCAUGGUCGACGUUUGUUAAAACAAUUCAUGCUCCACAUGGCCGUAAAAAUAAACAUUUUGCAGCAACUCAAGAAUCAGCAAGAAAAGAUGUAGAACGAGCUUUUGGAGUGCUUCAAGCUCGAUUUGCUAUUGUACGUGGACCAGCACGAUUUUAUGAUUGA